AUGCUACCACAACAAUGGGCUUCGCAAUGUGGAAAUCAUUGCACUAAGAAAUACACCAGUCUUACAGAAAUUCCUUGGAGAGUGUUCUGCAAAAAAGGGUGUGACAACGAUGCUGAUACGUGGGAAGAAUGUAUAUCAGAGUGCACCGAUUUAUGCUAUAAGGCUCCUGUAUUAAAGGAUCAGCAAUGGAGUUCUUACAUUGAUCGUUCUCCUGGAGCUGUCAAACAAUCUGAGGAAUGCUAUAGUGCUUGUCUAGCUGGCUGUGGUUACAAGCUCGAGCUGUGUAAAGAUGAUGACGAUGAAGAAACACAAACUGGUCCUUCAGUGGAGAAGCCGCUAAAUCAACCCACCAGUAGGCCUGGUGAAGCUACUAAAAAAUAA